AUGAAUUAAUUGUAUAAACUUACACCUCAAGAAUUAGCAACUAGAAAGGAUAUUGUUGUGUUGAGUGAUAAAGGAUUACGUUUUAGGGAAGAGAUAAAAUCAUAAGAUCAAUUUGAUUUAGAUGAUUUCCAUUUACCUCAAAGUAAUUCUGUCUAUUUAUAAUCUAGUCAAUUCUUAAAAAGAUAAACCAUAUACAAGAAGAUCAGUGCUUUAAGGAGAAAAACCAGUUGAAUUACUAGUUGCUGAUUUGAAGAAAGAAUUAAAUAUCAGUAGACCAUAUAUGGAGAAGGCUUUAGAGAAAAUGACAGCUAAAAUAACUUAAGAAAAACCAUCUGCAGUUAUAAACAACAAAUUGCAAAAACUAUAUUAAGAACUAGAUAGACAUACACGAUUGUUAGAAAAGAAAAAAGUGAAGUUUCAAAAGAAACCAAUUGAAUAAUAGAUAUAAGAUCAAACUUCAAUUUUAGAAGAAUCAGAAUUUUAAGAUAAAGUUGCUUCUCUUAAUGCAUUAGAAGCAAGAUUAUGGAGAAUGCAAUAAAAUUAUUAAAAUGAAAUUAAAAUCCGAGAGGAUACUUUAAAAGUAGAUAUAACUAUCUUACUAGUAGAAAGUUAAACAAAACCUAAAUGAGAUUAGAAUUUAAAAGGAAGCUGAAAUUGAAUAGGUUCCAGUCCCUGUUUAAAUGGAACAACUUUAAUAAUCUUAAUAUCUAGAUAGGAAAUCAAUUAGACUUAAAGAUUAUUAAAAAUAUAAAUUUGAAGUAACCAAUGUUGGUAUUCGUAGAAAAUCUGGAAUAGACAACCUCCUCCAUCCUAUACUUCUAAGUAAAUCUUAAUCGAAGAAGAAAGAAAGAAAUAACUCUAAUUAAUAAAAGAAUAAUAAGAAUAUGAGUAAGAAUUAUUAAGAAGAAAUGGACAUUCAAAUAUCAAUAAUGUAGCUAAUCGUACUAAUUAUGAAUAAAAUGAGUAAUGA